AUGAACUUUGCUGAGAAAGCAUUGAUACGAAGUGUCUACACUGACAUCAACAGCAGACCCUACAGAGCGCCUACCUCCCCUCCACUUCCGAAAGACAGAGUUUCUGACGAGGCACCGUUCACAGUUACCAGCGUAGACUUUACGGGCGCCCUUCACGUCAGAGAGAAAACAGGUAUACAUAAGGUGUACAUUUGCCUCUUUACCUGCGCCAGUAACCGAGCCGUACACCUUGAAGUUGUUCCCGACUUACCAGAAGAAACCUUCAUGCUGGCAUUUAGACGGUUUGUCAGCCGACGAUCCGUACCGAAGUUUAUGAUGUCAGACAAUGCGACCACCUUCCGAGCUGCGGCGAGUCACAUUCACCGAAUGACACACAAUACUCAGGCGUGCCUUGCAGCACGGGGCACAGAAUGGAAGUUCAUACAGCAACGCGCACCUUGGUAUGGUGGUUGGUGGGAACGGCUAAUAGGCAUCACGAAGAAGACCAUAAAGAAAGUACUUGGUAAUGCUUCAGUAGACUUACAUACACUGCAGACCGUCGUCACUUUAGUAGAGGCAAUUAUCAAUGACAGAUCGCUCACAUUCGUUUCAACAUCACGUGAAGAUCCAGAGCCGUUAACACCCGCUCAUCUGUUGUACGGCAAGCGGAUGACGUCACUGCCUACAUACGACACUCCCGAUGUAGACGAUAUCAUUUGGCGCAAUCAUACCAGAGAGAACGCAACACGGCGUCUUGACCAACUCAGGCGAGUCAUCGACCAAUACGCUGGAAACGUGAAUACUUGA